UGUGUGCAUGUAAACAAAACGAUGGCGAGAAUUAUUGUGUAUCAUCAGUCUUUGAAAUGUCGAUUAAUAGAAGCAUCUAUAACAUUCAAAUAUUAGCUGUGAAUUCGUCAAAAUGUUUAUUAUCAUCUUCAUGGUGGUUACCAUGAGACGGUUACCUUUAGUUUUGAAGCAAACUGUUAGACAUCCAGAGUUCCUGAAGAUCAUGUUGUUAACCAGCCUCGUUUUCAAUUUCUUCCUGAUCGCCAUUUUGAAUUCCCGGAUGUACGGCACAAGACAACAGCCAAUCCACAUUCAGCCUUCGUCACGCGAUACUUUAGAAUGGCCAAGACAUACACUUUGUAUUUAUUUUGAAGGUGGUUUGGGCAACAAUUUAUUUCAGUACGCAUCUACAUUUGGAAUCGCCAAAAACAAAAGCAUGGGUGUGAUCAUAAGCAGACGAAGUUACAUUUUAACUCUAUUUGACAUGCGCGUACUAACUUAUAAUCAUGUCUGUGAAUGCAAAAGGCGGAAGGUAAUAAUUGAAAAAAAGCCCUGCAGAUUUGACUCUAACGUGUACAAUUUCUCUCCUUCGCGAGAUUAUCGAAUAAGAAACUUUCUACAGUCCUGGAAAUACUUUGAAAACAGCAUGGAAGAUAUUCGACAUCAGUUUGUUAUCAAAAACCAUUUUCGACAAAAGGCACACGACAUGAUUCAGCAAUAUGUUACUUUACAUUUCCAAGAAAAGAAGAGCGUUAUUCCUAAAAACCUAAUUUAUGUGGGAAUUCACAUCCGCAGAGGUGACUAUUUGAAGAAAAAGAACAAAGCGUAUGGGUAUCGCACGGCGCCCAAAAGUUACAUUUACAAAAGUAUUCAAUAUUUCCAUGAGAAACAUGAUCAUGUGAUAUUUUUGGUCUGCUCAAAUGAUCUAAAGUGGGCCCGGAAAGUACUUAAUGGUAGAAAUGACAUCAUAUAUGUAACAAGAAAUCGUCGAGAGAUCGACUUUGCCAUUUUGACAUCGAUGAACCACUCCAUUACAACAGUUGGAACAUUUUCCUGGUGGUCUGGUUUCCUUGCCAACGGAACCGUCAUCUAUUUUAAAAACUUUAUAGCCCCGAAUACUCCACUUCGCCGUGAGUUUAGUCUCGAUUUUGAAGACUUCUUCCUUCCACAUUGGAUACCAAUGUAAAUUUGUUAUCAUUCAGAAAUAUUUUUUAUUUAUUGUGAUCUCGUUUUCUGACAGUUAGGUAGGUUAAAAGACACAAUAUUGGCGUCCAUGGAUUUUACAUCUGUGACAGGAUUCGUCAAAUAGACUCCAAAUAUAAUUUUGACAGAGACAUCUUUAUUAUGGUUGAUUCGUAACAACGUUUUGACGACCCUAGAAGUAACACAAAGAAAGGGUUGCGUUUAUUUAUAUUAUCGUUCCAUUCGUCGCCCACCUGACUAUAAUUUGUUCUUUACCUCUUCCGCCCAAAAUACCCUGAUUAUACAAUGAAGAGUGACGACUAUCGAAUAAUCACCAAAAUUCUAUCUUGCAUUUUGAAAAGAAUAAUUUUGAAAAUGGAACAAUCUUGAAUUCAUUAGCUAUCUUUAAUUACCCUCCAAGUGCCUUUAUCCAAGGGAGCCACGGUGGUUCAGUGAGUUAGACGUUGGCUUGCUCAACCGGACGUCUCGUGGUCGACCUUGGUAUUGGCCAAGAAAGUCCAUCGUAUUUAUUUGGUAUAGUUCCCGUAUUAAGGUACGUAUAAAUAAAUAACUAAUGGUAUUUCCGACGGUUAAGUCGCGGAGUGCCCCGAUCACAUUGCCCAUUAU